CGCCGCCCACGGUGCUCCCGGCGGGCACGGGCUUGGCGGCGCCGGCUCCCGAGCCAUGGGGAGGCUGGUGGCUCUGAGCUUGCUGGGGAUAGCGCUGGCGCUCCUGGGCGAGAGGCUCCUGGCGCUCAGGAAUCGACUUAAAGCCUCCAGAGAAGUAGAAUCUGUAGACCUUCCAAACUGCCACCUCAUUAAAGGAAUCGAAGCUGGCGCAGAUGAUAUUGACAUACUUCCCAAUGGUCUGGCUUUCUUUAGUGUGGGUUUAAAAUGUCCAGGACUCCACAGCUUUUCCCCAGAUAAGCCUGGAGGGAUACUAAUGAUGGAUCUCAAAGAAGAAAACCCGAGGGCGCUGGAAUUAAGAAUCAGCCGAGGGUUCAAUUUGGCUUCAUUUAAUCCACAUGGUAUUAGCACUUUCAUAGACCACGAUGACACAGUUUACCUCUUUGUUGUAAACCACCCAGAAUUCAAGAAUACAGUGGAAAUUUUUAAAUUUGAAGAAGAAGAAAAUUCUCUUUUGCAUCUAAAAACAAUCAAACAUGAACUUCUUCCAAGUGUGAAUGAUAUCAUAGCUGUCGGACCAGCACAUUUCUAUGCCACCAAUGACCACUAUUUCUCUGAUCCUUUCUUAAAGUAUUUGGAAACAUACUUCAACUUACACUGGGCAAAUGUUGUUUACUACAGUCCAAAUGAAGUUAAAGUGGUAGCGGAAGGAUUUGAUGCAGCAAACGGGAUCAAUAUUUCACCUGAUAAAAAGUACAUCUACGUUGCUGAUAUUCUGGCUCAUGAAAUUCACGUUUUGGAAAAACACCCUAAUAUGAACUUAACUCAACUGAAGGUACUCAAGUUGGAUACACUAGUGGAUAAUUUAUCUAUCGAUCCUUCCUCGGGGGACAUCUUGGUAGGCUGUCAUCCUAAUGGCCAGAAGCUCUUCAUUUAUGACCCGAACAAUCCUCCGUCAUCAGAGGUUCUCCGCAUCCAGAAUAUUCUAUCUGAGAAGCCUACCGUGACGACUGUUUAUGCCAACAAUGGAUCUGUUCUCCAGGGAAGUUCUGUGGCCUCAGUGUAUGAUAGGAAGCUGCUCAUAGGCACUUUGUACCACAGAGCCCUUUAUUGUGAGCUCUAAAUUGUACCUUUGGUAUACAAGUGUGCUAACUUCUUUUAACAAUUGAUUUUCUAUGAAUUGCUAAAUCUGUGGGGAUUUAACCAUGAACAAUGGACCCAGAAAUGUAUGACACAUACUGUUCCUUUUGUUUCAGCAAGGAAAGGCCCCUUCAGUUUGGAUAGCACUUUUAAUAGAAAAGGUAUAGAAGGAAGAGGGACAGUGUUUAAAACUGCAGAGUAAAGGAGAGAGAAAAUAGCCGCUUCCAGUCAAGUGGGCACACCGAACAAAAUAAGCCUCCUUUCUCUGCCUUCCAACUGCCAGAGCUUGCAUUCCACUGAUACAGGGUAGACUGCAUUUCCUUAAAAUGUGAGUGACCUCGGCUCCGACAGGGUGACCACUGUGACUGCUCAGAACUACUGAUAGAUAACAUUGGGCUGUUUUCUCCUUACAGCUUUGUUUACUGCUAACAAGUUGGGGUUCUAUUAAAGGCUAACUGACAUCCAAGUUUUUUGCCUGUUGUUUGAUUCUCAAGGCGUGUCCUCGGGAGGGGAAUGGGAAAGUGGCCCCUUCCUUGUGGGGUUUCCCUGGGAUCGGCAGGCAUGGCAAUGUUAAUUUCUCCCAUUGAAAGCUGAAUGUAAAUAAGCUCUUUCUUUGAAUAAAAUGGAACAAAGAAUUAA